AUGGGCUUACGGCAUUUCUCUACCAAAGUGUGUGAGAAAGUUAAGGAGAAAGGUCGCACCAAUUACAAUCAGGUUGCGGACGAACUCGUGGCAGAAUAUUUCGCAGCGAACAAUAUGAAUUCUGAGGAGUUUUUGGAGAGACAAAAAUUCGAUCAGAAGAACAUUCGACGUCGGGUCUAUGAUGCCCUCAAUGUGCUGCUAGCUAUGAACAUUAUCUGUAAGAGGAAAAAGGAUAUUGAUUGGGUUGGCUUACCAGCCACCAAAGCGGGAGAAAUCAAACGUCUCGAAGAAGAAAAGGCAAAACUCACAGAAAGUAUCCGCCGGAAGAAGGAAACUAUUCAAGAGCUCAUAGUACAGCUUGUCGCUUACAAGAGCUUAGUUUGGAAAAAUCGUGAGAUGGAGAGAGUGUCCGCUAGGCCGCCAGAAAAUACAAUUCUCUAUCUUCCUUUUGUCAUUAUCAACACUUCGAAGAACACAACUGUUGACUGUGCUGUGUCAGGAGAUAGAUCAGAAUUCCUUUUCAAUUUCGAUCAGUCAUUCGAAGUUCAUGACGAUUUUGAGGCCUUGAAACGCCUCGGAUACUCAUAUGGUUUGGAACAUAAUACCUUGAAUCCUGAAAUGUUGGAGCACAUCGAUGAGUUCAUCCCUCCUGCCCUUCGUGGAUACAUACAGAAGAUACUGGAAGGUGAAAUGUCGGAUUGGGAGUCCCGUGUGCGAACAAACGCACCAGUGCAAUAUCUUAUUCGUGAUGGACAUCUUGACCCAAAGAUGCAAGCAGCUGCUUCUGGCGAUCCAUCCGUUUCGGACCACUCUAGCGAGGGCUCGUAUGCCGACAUGGGUCAGCAGCCUGUUUAUACCAUGCCAGAAGGCAUAGCAUAUAGCGUCCCAGCUUACGAGUCAGAAAUUGGGGAUGAAGUGGACGUCAUCGAAGCUCCAGCUGAUUACCCUACUUAUUCUUUGCCUGGAGGAAAUACAAGUUAUGCAACCGUGGAUCAAGGUCCUCGGACAGUCACUAUGCGACAUGCCAACACAGUACCGCGAACGACUGUUGCUAGUAUGCCUGAAUAUUCAGAACCUGGUCCUUCUACCUCCAAGGCCCCGCAAUAUGUGCAGCGCGUGCUUAGCACGAAACGGCCAGUAUAUGCUAUACCGACUAAAGAGAUUUUCCGAAAAGCACAAGUCGAUGCCGAUGGCAGUAUUAUUUACACACAAAACAUUCAACCGAAGCGAACGAAGACUGAUAACUACAGUGUCUAA